CCUGCUCCCCCGCCCUGGGCCCUGGGGAAACCCCCGCUGAGAAGAGCCCGCCCCCAGAAGCGCGCCGCCGCCGCCGGCCGUCGGGGCCGAGCCGCAGCCGAGCGGCCGUGGGCCCGGGCGGCGGGCGGAGACGCUGGCGCCCUCCCCGCUACGGCCCGCGUGAGGUGAAUUGCUGGAGGCUAUCCACUCUCCUUUCUCCAAUGUCUCUUCAGAUUAUGCUUGAUAAGUGCAGUUCUUUAUACUUCACCAGGAUGGAUGAGGCAAUACAUCUGAGUUAGAGAUCAGGUUAGACUUGUUACUUAUAUGUGACACCAUUCCAGCACUGAACUCAUGGAGGCUGAACAUUUAUUCAGGAGUCCAUAGAGGCUACUGUAUUCUAUUGAAGAAGAUGUCUAACAGCAACACUACUCAAGAGACCCUGGAAAUAAUGAAAGAAUCGGAAAAAAAGCUGGUGGAAGAAUCUGUAAACAAAAACAAGUUUAUAUCUAAGACUCCAAGCAAAGAAGAAAUUGAGAAAGAGAGUGAGGAUACCAGUUUGCGUCAGGAGACACAGAGGCGGACAUCCAACCAUGGUCAUGCCAGGAAAAGAGCCAAGUCUAAUUCCAAGCUGAAAUUGGUGCGCAGCCUUGCAGUGUGUGAGGAAUCCUCUGCUCCAUUUGUUGACGGGCCACUAGAAACCCAGGAUAUAAUUCAAUUGCACAUCAGCUGCCCCUCUGACAAGGAGGAAGAAAAGUCCACAAAGGAUGUCUCUGAAAAGGAAGACAAGGACAAAAACAAAGAAAAGGUCCCAAGGAGGAUGCUGUCUAGAGACUCCAGCCAAGAAUAUACGGACUCCACUGGAAUAGACCUACAUGAAUUUCUUGUAAAUACACUGAAAAAGAACCCAAGGGACAGAAUGAUGCUGCUAAAAUUAGAACAGGAGAUUCUGGACUUUAUUAAUGACAACAACAACCAGUUCAAGAAGUUCCCUCAGAUGACCUCAUAUCACCGGAUGCUAUUACACCGGGUAGCUGCCUAUUUUGGGAUGGACCACAAUGUAGAUCAAACUGGAAAAGCUGUCAUCAUCAACAAAACCAGUAACACAAGAAUCCCUGAACAGAGAUUCUCAGAACAUAUAAAGGAUGAGAAGAAUACAGAAUUUCAACAGAGAUUCAUUCUUAAGAGAGAUGAUGCCAGUAUGGACCGAGAUGAUAACCAGAUCAGAGUUCCAUUGCAGGAUGGAAGGAGGAGCAAGUCAAUAGAAGAGAGAGAGGAGGAAUAUCAAAGGGUCCGAGAGAGAAUAUUUGCCCGAGAGACUGGCCAGAACGGAUAUCUAAAUGACAUCAGACUCUCCAAAGAAGCCUUUUCUUCUAGCUCUCACAAGAGAAGGCAGAUUUUUAGGGGGAACCGUGAGGGGCUGAGCCGCACCUCAAGCAGCCGCCAGAGCAGCACAGACAGCGAACUCAAAUCCCUGGAGCCGCGGCCUUGGAGCAGCACAGACUCCGAUGGCUCUGUCCGGAGCAUGCGGCCCCCUGUCACCAAAGCCAGCAGCUUCAGUGGAAUCUCCAUCCUCACCCGGGGUGACAGCAUCGGGAGCAGCAAAGGUGGCAGUGCAGGAAGGAUCUCCAGGCCAGGUAUGGUGCUAGGUGCCCCAGAAGUGUGCAACCAGGUCACCUCAUCCCAGUCUGUCCGGGGCCUUCUCCCUUGUACUGCCCAACAACAGCAGCAGCAGCAGCAACUUCCUGCUCUCCCACCCACGCCUCAACAACAGCCACCCUUGAAUAAUCACAUGAUUUCACAGGGCUCCAGAAGCUAUGACUGGAGAGCUGAUGAGCCAGUCCCGGCUCUGCAGCCCUCUCCGCAGCCUGUUCAGUUCUCUCCAGGCUCCUGUCCCCAAGUCCUUCUGCCAGUCUCUCCGCCCCAGCAGUACAACAUGGCAGAUGAUCUCAGCAACCCCUUUGGACAAAUGAGCCUUAGUCGCCAAGGUUCUACUGAAGCAGCUGACCCAUCCUCAGCUCUGUUCCAGCCCCCACUUAUCUCCCAGCACCCUCAGCAGACUAGCUUCAUCAUGGCUUCUACAGGGCAGCCCCUCCCUACUUCCAACUAUUCCACCUCUAGCCAUGCACCACCUACUCAGCAAGUCCUGCCACCCCAGGGCUACAUGCAGCCCCCUCAACAGAUCCAGGUGUCUUACUAUUCCCCUGGACAGUACCCCAACUCCAACCAGCAAUACCGACCUCUGUCUCACCCAGUGGCGUACAGCCCCCAGCGUGGUCAGCAGCUGCCUCAGCCAUCCCAGCAGCCUGGUUUACAGCCCAUGAUGCCUAACCAGCAGCAAGCGGCUUACCAAGGCAUGAUUGGGGUCCAGCAGCCACAGAACCAGGGCCUGCUCAGCAACCAGAGGAGCGGCAUGGGGGGCCAGAUGCAAGGCCUGGUGGUUCAGUACACUCCACUGCCUUCUUACCAAGUCCCAGUGGGUAAUGACUCACAAAAUGUGGUCCAGCCGCCUUUCCAGCAACCCAUGCUGGUCCCUGCAAGCCAAUCUGUGCAGGGGGCCCUCCCAGCAGGGGGUGUUCCAGUGUAUUACAGCAUGAUCCCGCCAGCUCAGCAGAACGGUACAAGCCCUUCUGUGGGGUUUCUGCAGCCUCCUGGCUCUGAGCAGUACCAGAUGCCUCAGUCUCCCUCUCCCUGCAGUCCACCACAGAUGCCACAGCAGUACUCAGCUGUGACUUCAUCAGGAGGAAAGACCAAAGUCCUGGCUGGCUGGUGUUUUCCAGAGGUGUUGAAAUUGACCCCCUCAAGAGGAGUGUCACCUUCUGGACCAGGUGUGGUGGUCAUGCAGCUAAAUGUCCCUAAUGGACCCCAGCCUCCCCAGAACCCAUCCAUGGUCCAGUGGAGUCACUGUAAAUAUUACAGCAUGGACCAGCGGGGUCAGAAACCUGGAGACCUGUACAGUCCUGAGAGCAGCCCCCAGGCCAACACACAGAUGAGCAGCAGCCCUGUCACAUCUCCUACUCAGUCUCCAGCACCCUCUCCUGUCACCAGCCUCAGCAACGUCUGCACAGGACUCAGUCCCCUUCCUGUCCUCACACAGUUCCCCCGGCCUGGAGGUCCCGCACAGGGUGAUGGUCGCUAUUCCCUCUUGGGCCAGCCGUUACAGUACAAUCUGUCCAUCUGCCCUCCCCUGCUUCAUGGCCAGUCAGCUUACUCGGUGCACCAGGGACAGAGCGGAUUGAAGCAUGGAAACCGGAGCAAGAGACAAGCACUCAAAUCUGCCUCCACUGACCUGGGGACAACAGACGUUGUUCUGGGACGGGUACUGGAGGUGACAGAUCUCCCGGAGGGCAUCACCCGUACCGAGGCAGACAAACUCUUCACUCAACUUGCCAUGUCCGGCGCCAAGAUCCAGUGGCUCAAGGAUGCUCAGGGGCUGCCUGGUGGGGGUGGGGGGGACAACGGUGGGACUGCUGAGAACGGCCGCCACUCGGACCUUGCUGCCUUGUACACCAUUGUGGCUGUGUUCCCCAGCUCCCUGGCUGCUCAGAAUGCCUCCCUUCGCCUCAACAACUCUGUGAGUCGCUUCAAACUUCGAAUGGCCAAAAAGAACUAUGACCUGAGGAUCCUGGAGCGAGCCAGCUCCCAAUAAAUGGAGAAGAGAAGGGACCAGCAUGGCAGGGGUGGGGGCAGGGUGGAGGGGGUCAAGAGGUCCUGUCAGACCACAGACAGAGGCAGAAAGUAAGAUAAGGUCUACAGACAGACACUAAACUGGAGCCUAAGACAGUGGGAUGAAGAUGGAAACAGAGACAAACACUCACACUGGCACUGGACUUUCUCACUCCCCUGCCAAGGCUCCCUCCGGUUCCCUGGUUGGCCCAUGUCUGCUUCCCUCUCUUUCCCAUCCUCUUCUAUCAUUUUUUAUCUCUUCUCUCACCAUGAAAUUAAUUCAUAUUUUUUGGUCAGGUAGAAUUGGGAGGGUCCCACACUCCCCUGUUCUCCUAUUUCCUUACCAUCCCAAGCUCCCUUUUCUUUUUUGGUCUUUAUGAAUAUAUUUAUAUGGACAGAAUUAAGAAAAACAAAAUUGAUUUCCCCUUUCUCUCACCCCAUCUUGUCUCUCCAAACCCCACAGAGUUUAAACUUGGGCCUCCUUCCACCCGCCCCGCCCCCAGAACACUUGUAUAUUGUUUGUUUGAGGUUUGUGCCGCAGUAACAGACACAGUAUUUAAUUGCACAUACAGAUGUUUGCUGGGUAUAUUCACUGUAAAUUUUAUUUAAUCUGAUUUUUUGUUUGUUGGGGGUUCUUUGGGGGGAGGUUGAUUUUGUUUUUAAAUAUAAAAAAAAAAAAUCUGUCACUGGA